GGGUAUGUUUUCUUCCAUCGUCGCUUCUGUGCAACGUGUCUGAACCUUAUUCUUUCUUAAUGCAUCAUUUAAUCGCAUUCCCAAGAUGCUCCCGAAUCCGUUGAUCAGCAUCUACCAGCUGUACAAGCAGGAUACCGACUCGGUGGCAUCCUGGCUUGCCUCCACUGCCAAGGCCUGUGGCUAUCCAUCCGACCUGCUGCCUAAUAAUAAUGGCGACACGGCCAAAAAGACACCCGGACGACCAAAAGGCAAGGCGAGGAGCAAGGCGAAGAAGAAGGGCCCUGGCUCGGGUUCGGGGCCAGCCAAGGUGUUCAAGUAUAUUGUGGCGCUGAAAGACUUCAUCCCCUUGGCCGAGUUCAUCACGUCGUUGGCGAAGCCCAAAGUCGCCGUGCUGGAAUCCUUUUGCGAGACUAUCAACAGAGUCAUUCAUCGCUAUGCCCAAUCUGAUCGCAAGCACUCCUACUUCGUCGGGGUCCUUGAGAAGGUCCGAGAAGUGCUCAAACCGCGCAUGUCUCCCCUGUCUCAGGCAGCCACAGAACCGGCCCCAGGCGUUGCCGACAGGGAUAGCCUGGCGAACAAGUUCGGGGCUCUGACCAUCUAUGAGCCGUCCCGGGAGUUCUUGGAUGCCCCCGCACUGGAGAGGCCCCAGAGGACCGAGGAAGACGAAGUCAUCUACGAGGCCGAGCCGCAGAAGAGCCUGGAAGAUGCCCUGGUUGCGUACACGAUGAUGAAGCUCAAGGUCGAUCACUGGCCGGCGUCUAAUGACCACAUGCUGCGAGAAGUACAGAGGAAGAUCAAGUGGAUUGGUCAGGAGCCCGUUCACAAUGUGAAGCUCAAGUUCUAUCGCAAGAGCGGCAUGCCUGUCCCGGAAUCCAUGACGCGACAUCGCAUGCUCCAAUACUCGCCUGUGCUGUCCGGCUUGAUCUUGUAUCACUUCCGGGCCGACAUGUACGACAUUGGCAUCGCCGUGGUGAACGCCUGGGGUUCCAUCACGUAUUCGUGGCAGCUCUACAAUGCGCUUCGGAACGAGAACCUCAUCGACGAACCCUGGUCGGACAUGGAAGUCGUGCAGACUCUCAUUGGCGAAUCCAACUUGUUCUGCCUUCAGAUGGGGGUCUCGGCGGCCAAUUUCGCCGACCCGAGGCGCCGACGCGGAAUCACAGCUCUCGGCUCACGUGCGGGCCCUCGCGGCAUCAAGAGCGGGAUUCCAGUUUCGUCCAUGUUUAUGGACCGCUAUCUGCGUGCCACCGGACAGGUCGACUGGACGCCCGAGCACAUCGACGACAUCAUCGCCCGCAGCGAGUUCGAGCUGGAAGGCUCCGCCGACGGGGGGACGCUCUCUAUGGGCCAGAUCGACGACCCAGCCCAGCUCAAGGCCAUGAAGGCGGAGAGGCGGCGGCAGAAGAAGAAGGCCGUCGAUGGCGCUCGCAUGUCCCCCGAGCAGCUGAUACAGCACCUCACGAUGGCCCUCCAAGCCGAAACCAUGGAGAUAUCCUUCCCUUACCUGAUGAUGCACCGCUGGUGCUGGAGGCUGCUGCGCGCCGUCAAGGACGCCUGCGACCCCUUUCUCAGGCAGCUGUACACGCCGGCAUACAUGGACCGCGAGACCCAGCUGCCCUUCGUGGUAGGGUACAUCUUCCUCACCGCCAGCGGGGCCGAGGGAGGGAUCAGGGAUAUGCGCCUGCUCGAGGCUUCGGCACCGGCGGUCGACGGCCUGACCGGGACCGGCGUGGGAGCCUUUCUACUCAAGGUGAUGCGGGAGAAGUUGGGAUUCAACAUUCAAUUUUCCCAAGAGGACGAAGACGGUGCAAGCUCCGGAUAAGCGAGGAAAUCGGGUUUGAAGGUGGUUUCAGCAGCCUGGAUAGACUCUCUCCUGUUAAUAAUUAUUUGAUGCUUUCCUUUUCCGUGGGGGGAAUGCAGUGGGUGGGGAGACA